AUGACGACGGCAUGGUGGUGUCCCUGCGCUAUAGGAAAAGGCGAGUACCGAGACUGCACCGCCGCCGAGGACAGUAGCGCCGGUGAUGGGAUGAGAGUUUUGUUAAGAAGAAGUUGUCUGUCUAUGGUGGGCUUGUGGCUGGAAAAAGAAGGUGAAAGAAGUAGAAGAGGGUUUCAGGCUGUGGCUGUGUGUUUUGGAAGGGAAGGAGUUUGGGAGUGA